ACGAACCUGAGGAAAGGAGGGUUUUAGGACCCGGCGGGGCACGGCGGACUAGGGUUAAGGAUCGGGGAGGUCGGGAGCGCGCCCGCGAUUCCGGAGCAGUGGCGGCCUUGCCGGAGUCGGGAGCGAGCAGGCCUGCGAGCAGCUGGGGUGCUGGAGGAGGAGCGGGGGGCUCGGUUCCCUAGCCAUGGCACAAGUAGAGAAACGAGGAGGCUUGCUCCGGAAAUCUUCAGCCUCAAAAAAACCAUUAAAGGAAAAAGUGGUGCUGAUGUAUGAUGAGAUUUUUAGGACGGAAGACCCCAGUAAGUGUAGUCCUCGGUUUUGGGAGGAGCUCUUCCUCAUGAAGGUGAAUUUAGAGUAUCUAGAAGGCAAGCUGGAGUCUCUGGAUGGUGAAGAGUUAAUGAAGAUCAAGGACAAUAUCAACUGUUUAUUUCAACACUGUAUCCAGGCUCUAGGAGAGGAGCAUCCAAUCAGAGUUGUCAAUGCCUUGCAGACCUUGUGUGCACUAAUUCGAGGAGUCCACCAGAAGAAUAAGUCUACAUCUGGAUUUGACAUUAUCAACAUGCUGAUGGGCUUUGACAAAGCGGAGCUGUGCAUGAAGAACUUGAUGGAGAGUUUGGAUUCACUACUUUGUGCAGAAGGUUCCGAAAGUCUGAAGAGUUUAUGCCUGAAACUUCUUCUUUGCUUAGUGACUGUUACAGACAACAUCAGUCAGAACACUAUCCUGGAAUAUGUAAUGAUCAACAGUAUAUUUGAAGCGAUUCUACAGAUACUGUCCCAUCCCCCAAGUCGUAGAGAGCAUGGGUAUGAUGCUGUAGUCCUCUUGGCUUUGCUGGUCAACUACAGAAAAUACGAGUCGGUGAACCCUUAUAUCGUGAAGCUGUCCAUUGUGGAUGAUGAAGCUACGCUGAAUGGAAUGGGGCUUGUGAUCACUCAGGCUUUGUCUGAGUACAAUAGGCAGUAUAAAGACAAGGAAGAAGAACACCAGAGUGGUUUUUUCUCUGCUUUAACAAAUAUGGUGGGCAGCAUGUUCAUAGCAGAUGCCCCUGAGAAGAUCUCCGUACAAACCAAUGAGGCCAUUCUUCUGGCACUUUAUGAAGCUGUCCAUUUAAAUCGAAACUUCAUCACAGUAUUAGCUCAGAGCCACCCAGAAAUGGGGUUGGUGACAACCCCUGUCAGUCCUACUCCAACAGCCCCAGUCACACCACUUGGGACCACUCCACCCUCCUCUGAUGUUAUAAGUUCUGUGGAACUCUCACUGGAUGCAGAUGUACAGACCAGUAACCUACUGAUAACCUUCUUAAAGUAUAGCUCGAUUGUCAUGCAGGACACUAAAGAUGAACACAGGCUUCAUAGCGGCAAACUCUGUCUGAUUAUCCUUACAUGUAUUGCAGAGGAUCAGUAUGCCAAUGCAUUUUUACAUGAUGACAACAUGAAUUUUCGAGUAAACUUACACAGAAUGGUAAGUGUGACUUAUUUUUACUUCUUAUUUUUAAUGGAAAAGCGCUGUGUCCAGGUCGUGCACAAACUGCUGUGUUACCAGAAGAAGUGUAGAGUUCGCCUGCACUAUACCUGGCGGGAACUCUGGUCAGCCUUGAUAAACUUGCUGAAGUUCCUUAUGUCAAAUGAAACUGUACUUUUGGCCAAACACAACAUUUUUACAUUGGCCCUUAUGAUUGUGAACCUGUUUAACAUGUUUAUCACAUAUGGUGACACAUUCCUGCCAACACCCAGCAGCUACGAUGAGCUUUACUAUGAAAUUAUUCGCAUGCACCAGAGCUUUGAUAACCUCUACUCCAUGGUCCUUAGGCUUUCUACCAAUGCAGGCCAGUGGAAGGAAGCAGCUAGCAAGGUGACGCACGCAUUGGUUAAUAUCAGAGCCAUCAUCAAUCACUUUAAUCCCAAAAUUGAGUCCUACGCUGCUGUGAAUCACAUAUCUCAACUCUCGGAAGAACAGGUACUAGAGGUGGUUCGAGCCAACUAUGACACACUCACACUGAAGCUACAAGAUGGCCUGGACCAGUAUGAGCGCUACUCCGAGCAACAUAAGGAAGCUGCCUUCUUCAAAGAGCUGGUUCGAUCCAUUAGUACCAACGUCCGGAGGAACCUGGCCUUCCAUACACUCAGCCAGGAAGCCCUCCUGAAGGAGUUUUCUACCAUCUCCUGAGACUGUGCUGCCUAAGAGCCACUGACUGCCCCUACCCAUGAGGCUCCUGGGCUGGAGGGCAAGCACAGGGAGUGGGGACUGCCUUCAAGGUUGGAGAGAAGCAGAGACAGCGAGAGUCUUCAGUGAGCUUGGACAGCUGGGGCAGCCCAGGGUGAUCUUAUUUGGGGAGAAAUGGGCGGGCAACAGAAAAGGCAUGCAGAAAUGCGGGGCUUCUGGGCUGCAUUCACGGGGUGCUGCCUCAUGACUCCAGCUGGGGUUCCAGGUUCUGGCUUCUGAUUGAUUAUUCAGGUGCUGGUGGAGCAGGCCUCAGCUGAUGCCAACACUCUGAGGGCCAGCGGCUGGUUUUGGCUAUGACGCCACAUCCUGUUCCCUAUUUGGACCUGGAGCUGAGCGAGGCCUCUGCCCCUGCUGCAGUGUGUCCAGUCCUCUGCCCAAGCAUAGAGUAGGUCAGGGGUGGCACCUUUUUUCUGUUUUCUAAAUUCAAACUUGAUGCCUCAGAGAAACUGGAGAUUGGAAUCUGCCUGGUGCUGUGCUCCGACCUCCACUUUCUGGAUUUGGCUUUGGCACCAGGAGCACCUGUUCACUUUUCCUUGCCUUCCAACCGUUGACUCAUCAGCACAAUAGGCCCACAACUUUAGCCUUUCGUUUCCAGUCUGUUUUAAACUGUCUUAAAAGAGUGUGUGUGAAAUAAACAUUGACAGGUUUUCUGCAGCCCUCAAGGUGCCUACUUUGCUGGUUCCCUUUCCAGCAGCUCCCCCUCCCCACCACCCUCUCCAAUGGGAGCCUAGAGAUGAGCUCCCUCCACGUGCUCCACCCCCUCACCCUGCUGUUGUUUACGUUCUGCCUGCCUAAGAAUUUCCUCUAGGGAGGAGUCUGUUCCUGCCGUGGUCUGGUGCUGGGAGGGAGAGAACCUGUCUGGGUUAGGGAGUUUAGGGAGCAGGUGCUGGAACAGGCUAGGUGAGCCUCCAUCUUGUCUAGCCAUAUUCUAGCUGGGUCUUGGGCACAUCCCACCUUCAUGAAGUUGGCCUGUGGCUUCUUUCUCAAUAGUCUCCGUGGAAGCCCUGCAGGGCCUUUUCCUUCCCCACAGCAACUGCAGGAAUAACCACUGCUCUGAGGUAGUUUUGUAGACGGCAGGAGGUUCAGAGGGAGGCUGAGUGCCUGCGCAUUUAGCGUCUCUCUUGGGGAUACUUGCCCUCCCUGGGAGCCAGAGUUCUGUUUGAGCAGAAGUGUGCUAGUUCUAGAGAAUUCAGCAACAGACUGACAUGCAUAGAUGUAGGCUGGGUCAUCUCUGAUCAUUGGUCACUGGAUGGAUAACUUGACCUGAGGUUUCUAGUGUUUUCCAUGGUGAUAAACCCCAGAGCAGCUGGAUCUGGAGCUGGUGGCAAAUCAAAGCUAUUAAAA